AUGUUGGUAGUUCAGCCACUCAGCACAACCUGUACUUUAGCAGUGCUGGCCUGUGUCAAUUCAAGCCUCUCUGUUGACUUUUAUUGAUCUGACCUCUUUAGUUCUGGGAGGUGAUCAGCGAUGAACAUGGCAUCGACCCCACAGGCACCUACCAUGGAGACAGCGACCUGCAGCUGGACAGGAUCAGUGUCUACUACAACGAGGCUUCAGGUAGCAUAUCUACACCCUCUACUGUUACAAAUAACCUUUCAACAGAAGAAUGUAUUUGGUGCUUACACAUACAUGUACAUACACUACCACUCAAAAAUGUGGACAGACCUACUCAUUGAAGGGAUUUUUUUUUUUUUUUUUUUUUAACUCUUUUCUACAUUGUAGAAUAAUAGUGAAGACAUCAAAACUAUGAAAUAACACAUAUGGGUCAUGUAACCAACAAAGUGUUAAACAAAUCAAAAUAUAUUUUAUAUUUGAGAUUCUUCAAAUAGCCACUCUUUGCCUUGAUGACAGCUUUGCACACUCUUGGCAUUCUCUUGGCCCAAGCAGGUCUCUUCUUCUUAUUGGUGUCCUUUAGUAGUGGUUUCUUUGCAGCAAUUGAAUGAGUAGGUGUGUCCACACUUUUGACUGGUACUGUAUAUGUAAACAUACAUAUACAGUGGGGAGAACAAGUAUUUGACACACUGCCGAUUUUGCAGGUUUUCCUACUUACAAAGCAUGUAGAGGUCUGUAAUUUACCAUAGGUACACUUCAACUGUGAGAGACGGGAUCUAAAACAAAAAUCCAGAAAAUCACAUUGUAUGAUUUUUAAGUAAUACAUUUGCAUUUUAUUGCAUGACAUAAGUAUUUGAUCACCUACCAACCAGUAAGAAUUCCGGCUCUCACAGACCUGUUAGUUUUUCUUUAAGAAGCCCUCCUGUUCUCCACUCAUUACCUGUAUUAACUGCACCUGUUUGAACUCGUUACCUGUAUAAAAGAUACCUGUCCACACACUCAAUCAAACAGACUCCAACCUCUCCACAAUGGCCAAGACCAGAGAGCUGUGUAAGGACAUCAGGGAUAAAAUUGUAGACCUGCACAAGGCUGGGAUGGGCUACAGGACAAUAGGCAAGCAGCUUGGUGAGAAGGCAACAACUGUUGGCGCAAUUAUUAGAAAAUGGAAGAAGUUCAAGAUGACGGUCAAUCACCAUCGGUAUGGGGCUCCAUGCAAGAUCUCACCUCGUGGGGCAUCAAUGAUCAUGAGGAAGGUGAAGGAUCAGGCCAGAACUACACGGCAGGACCUGGUCAAUGACCUGAAGAGAGCUGGGACCACAGUCUCAAAGAAAACCAUUAGUAACACACUACGCCGUCAUGGAUUAAAAUCCUGCAGCGCACGCAAGGUCCCCCUGCUCAAGCCAGCGCAUGUCCAGGCCCGUCUGAAGUUUGCCAAUGACCAUCUGGAUGAUCCAGAGGAGGAAUGGGAGAAGGUCAUGUGGUCUGAUGAGACAAAAAUAGAGCUUUUUUGUCUAAACUCCACUCUGCGUGUUUGGAGGAAGAAGAAGGAUGAGUACAACCCCAAGAACACCAUCCCAAUCGUGAAGCAUGGAGGUGGAAACAUCAUUCUUUAGGGAUGCUUUUCUGCAAAGGGGACAGAAGGACUGCACCGUAUUGAGGGGAGGAUGGAUGGGGCCAUGUAUCGCGAGAUCUUGGCCAACAACCUCCUUCCCUGAGUAAGAGCAUUGAAGAUGGGUGGUUGCUGGGUCUUCCAGCAUGACAAUGACCCGAAACACACAGCCAGGGUAACUAAGGAGUGGCUCCGUAAGAAGCAUCUCAAGGUCUAGCCAGUCUCCAGAUCUGAAUCCAAUAGAAAAUCUUUGGAGAGAGCUGAAAGUCCAUAUUGCCCAGCAACAGCCCCGAAACCUGAAGGAUCUGGAGAAGGUGUGUAUGGAGGAGUGGGCCAAAAUCCCUGCUGCAGUGUGUGCAAACCUGGUCAAGACCUACAGGAAACGUAUGAUCUCUGUAAUUGCAAACAAAGGUUUCUGUACCAAAUAUUAAGUUCUGCUUUUCUGAUGUAUCAAAUACUUAUGUCAUGCAAUAAAAUGCAAAUUAAUUACUUACAAAUCAUACAAUGUGAUUUUCUGGAUUUUUGUUUUAGAUUCCGUCUCUCACAGUUGAAGUGUACCUAUGAUACAAAUUACAAACCUCUACAUUCUUUGUAAGUAGGAUAACCUGCAAAAUUGGCAGUGUAUCAAAUACUUGUUCUCCCCACUGUAUGCAUUUAUUCUAUUGAAAUUGAGAUUCAUUUAAAUUCUAUCCAUAAUGUAACGUAAUGGGUGAAAAUCUCAAUGUGGCAUGGGAUACUGAAUAGGAUCACAUAAUUCGUGGACUAAUGGAGGUGUACAGGACGUGAUAUAUUAUGUCCUCCCCCUGGUGGACAGACAGGAGUUCCACUCCCCUUGACAUCAUAUAACCUAUUGUUCCCUGCAGUAUUGAGCUGGUGUGUGUCUCUCUAUCUUUGUCUCUCAUGGAGGUGGCAAGUAUGUACCCAGAGCUGUCCUAGUGGACCUGGAGCCCGGCACCAUGGAUUCUGUCAGAUCCGGACCCUUCGGACAGAUCUUCAGACCAGACAACUUUGUGUUUGGUAAGGAAUGAGAGGGGUUUGAGUUUAGCACUGCUUGGAAAUGUAAGGGACAUAUCACUUUUAGUUAGCACACAUAGGAAAAUGAAACGGAGUGAUACAAAUACAUAUUAUGAAACAGUCCUGUCAUUUUGAAGUAAAAUAGGGUUUGAGGUGUUCUUACUUCCCCUUUUCUCCUUCACAUGUCCCUCCUUUCCUGCUAUGUUUCUAGGUCAGAGCGGUGCCGGAAACAACUGGGCAAAGGGCCACUACACUGAGGGAGCAGAGUUGGUGGACUCAGUCCUGGAUGUGGUGAGGAAAGAGGCUGAGAGCUGCGACUGCCUUCAGGGCUUCCAGCUCACCCACUCCCUGGGUGGGGGCACUGGCUCGGGCAUGGGCACCCUGCUCAUCAGCAAGAUCCGUGAAGAGUACCCCGACCGCAUCAUGAACACCUUCAGCGUGGUGCCCUCCCCUAAAGUGUCGGACACUGUGGUGGAGCCUUACAACGCCACGCUCUCGGUUCACCAACUUGUAGAGAACACAGACGAGACCUUCUGCAUUGACAACGAGGCUCUCUACGACAUCUGCUUCCGUACCCUCAAACUCACCACGCCAACUUACGGAGACCUAAACCACCUGGUGUCGGCCACCAUGAGCGGGGUCACCACCUGCCUGCGUUUCCCCGGACAGCUCAACGCCGACCUCCGUAAAUUGGCUGUCAACAUGGUGCCUUUCCCCCGUCUCCACUUCUUCAUCCCCGGCUUCGCCCCCCUCACCAGCAGGGGGAGCCAGCAGUACCGUGCCCUCACCGUGCCGGAGCUCACCCAGCAAGUGUUCGACGCCAAGAACAUGAUGGCCGCAUGUGACCCGCGUCACGGUCGCUACCUCACUGUUGCCGCUGUCUUCCGUGGCCGCAUGUCCAUGAAGGAGGUGGACGAGCAGAUGCUCAACGUCCAGAACAAGAACAGCAGCUACUUCGUUGAAUGGAUCCCCAACAACGUCAAGACCGCCGUCUGCGACAUUCCUCCAAGAGGCCUCAAAAUGGCAGUCACCUUCAUCGGCAACAGCACGGCCAUCCAGGAGCUGUUCAAGCGUAUCUCUGAGCAGUUCACCGCCAUGUUCCGCCGCAAGGCCUUCCUCCAUUGGUACACCGGAGAGGGCAUGGACGAGAUGGAGUUCACUGAGGCAGAGAGCAACAUGAACGACCUGGUGUCUGAGUACCAGCAGUACCAGGACGCCACCGCUGAGGAGGAGGGUGAGUUUGAGGAGGAGGCUGAGGAGGAUGCUUAA